AUGUCUCGCUCAAAAGAGGGUUACCUGUGGACCCCCGAACAAGUUACGGAGGGCCUACUCACCGCCGCUGUUCAACAAAGCUCCCCGGCCAUCAAAGACCGCUACGAUAUAAUCGUUAUCGGCGCCGGUUUCGCCGGUCUCGUCGCCGCCCGAGACUUGAACCAGAAACAUGGAGUCGAUGUCCUUCUCCUUGAAGCGCGCGAUCGGAUCGGCGGCCGUACCUGGACGGCUAGGGUCCUCGGCGAGGAAAUCGAGAUGGGAGGUACAUGGGUCCAUUGGGCGCAGCCGCACCUCUACUCCGAACUGCACCGAUAUGGCCUACAUCGAAAUUUGAAGGCAUCAGCAGGAACCAUUGCGCCUGAAAAGCAAGAAUUCAAAUCUUCCUCGGGAGAUAUAGAAGAAGUAUCGAGUGCGGAAGGUGGUGUUGUGCUGGAACGAGUAGCACAGAGAUUCUUCACUAUAGACGGGCUGAAUAGUAGAUCUCUCAUGCCGUAUCCUCAUGAUUCGCUGCGGGACCCUGCACCCUGGAGGAAAUACGACCACCUUAGUGUGCAUGAUCGGUUGGAUCAGCUCCAUGACAUCCCACAACCGGAGAAGGACCUGUUCGAAUCAAAUAUCAACACAUUUGGCAGCGCGCCGGGCAAGGACAUUGGGUUCGUGGAGGCAUUGAGAUGGUUCGCAUUAGGCGGUCAUUCUAUUGCUGGCAUCUUCGAGAUGGCUGGGAUACAUAAGAUUGGAAAAGGAGGCAUGACUUCGUUGGCGAGCGCUAUUCUGGACGAAUACACCGGCGACCGGCUCUUUAACACAGUUGUUGCCGAGAUUCAUCAUGUCGAAAGCGGUGUUGAGCUCUCGACAACGGACCGCCGAACCUUGCGGGCAAAAGCUAUCAUUUCAACGAUUCCACUGAACUGUCUCGGCGACAUCAAAUUCGCGCCUCCUCUCUCCCCUCUUCGCCAAAAAGCAAUUGCGCAAGGCCACAUCAACCAAGGGGCAAAAAUACACUACAAACUCCGCGAGACACUUCCUGCCUGGUUCUGGACAGGCGAUUCCAAGAGCGACACAAGCUUUGUCUUCGCCUUCUCAGAUCACAAUGGAACACAGCUGUCGGGCCCGUCCGGGACCUGGUGCAUCGGCUUUGGAUACAACGGAAAGCUGACUGACAAGACGGACUCCCAGCGUAUAAUUCAGCAAUUCAACAAAGACAUAAAUCCUAGCAUCAACGUGGAGGCUUAUGCUACGCAUGACUGGGCGAAUGAUCCUUACGCCAAGGGUGUUUGGGCGUGCUGGGGACCUAAUGCUAUAUCGAGAUACCUAGCUGAACUACAACAGCCUCAUGGGCGGGUUAUCUUUGCAAAUGCGGACUGGGCUGAUGGAUGGAGGGGCUUUGUUGAUGGUGCUAUUGAGCGAGGACAGGUUGCUGUACGAGAUACGCUGAAUGUAGUAAAGGGGCAUCAGACGAGCACGGCGAAGUUGUAA